AAAGGCAGCAGUAGGUGGCGCUCUCACCACAUUCACCCGUAAAGUACUGCAGCCCCGCUCUUUCUCGCGGGAUUUGACACUGACAAGGAAGUCAUGCUGUCAUUCUGAAAGCCGGGUUUAGAGCUCAGCUGUUUUCAGUCAAACGUUCUUUUUUGAACGAAUGCAGUCAACGAAUGUUUCUGUUCGAAUAGAGCGUGAGAGCAUCACGUGUCCGGCUGUUUUUCCACUGACUGAGAUGUGUGUCAUCCGCUUAGGUCACAUGGAAUCUGGACGGAGUCACCAGUCAUUCAUCGUCAGAGAUAUCCAUCCUCGUUUACACUUAAGUAUAUUUGUUUAGUGUGUAUAUGAACAUCUGUAGUUCUAAAUAUAUCCUCCUAUAAACAUUGUAGCACUAUGUAUAACUCGGAAAGGAUCCCUGAAACAAGUAUCGAUCAGAACCAAACUAAUGGAUGCAGAAAUCAUGUGAACUCCGACGGGACAGAUCCAUAUAAAGACCCCACUGUUUCAAUCCCAUGUGGACCUUCCAGAAGAAUCGUUCUUCACAUUGAUCUCAACAACACAAUCCUUGUAUCUGACGCAGUCACAAGACAAGGAACUGUAGCUGCAAUUGAAUACUUCCUGUCCACGGUGACCUGGGGGCGCAUGACAAAAGGUAAAUGGGAGUGGUUGUCAGAAGCACCAUCUCUCCUCCAGCCUUGUGAGGGGGCCAUCACAUACUACUCUCAGUUUGGCCGAGUGGCAUGCUUCACCACCGUAGGUCCAGGCCGACGGUUCCGGAAGGUCCUGGAGGAACAUCUAGAGCUGCUCAGAUGGCCGUCUGACUUGCCUGCAGAUAAAGAGCUGUCUGUUAAGGGAGAAGAUGGGAAGCUGUAUCACUGCAUCCUCCCUUCCUUCUUCCAGAUGCUGCAGGACUUGACUUCACAAGGUGUGGAGUUCUCCGUCCUGUUCCGUACAUUCGGCUCAGACCUGCCCCGUGUUCUGAAUGCUGUCAAGCGUGCUGUAGAGCAGGGCUCUCAUCCGCUCUUCCCUGACCUCCCGGCUCUGAAGCUGAGGGUGAACGUGACUGCCGGACGCAUCAAGUGCAGCAGUAAGGGCGCAACACUGAUUCGCGGAGAAGAACACAUGUCCACAAGGGAUGGAGAACGGCAUGUUUACCAGUACCUGAGCUCUGCUGAGGGUCUGGGUGGCUUCCAAGACCACUUUGACUGGUGGGCACGGAAUACAUAUUCCAUAUUAGGAGGAAAACCACUCUGGAUUGACCCUUUUGACCACAAAGUUCAGCAUAUCUUCAUUGAUGACAACAUUCGGCAAAACGAUGAGGACACCAUUGUCCAUCCUAAGGUGUUUCUGGACCCUGAGGGCUUGCAGACUCGAACAGCCUCCACAUCAGAGCUGUAUGAUCUGUGUCUGGUACAGAACGACCUGCUGAAGGCCAUAUCUGAGCCUGGAUAUUUCACUCGACGCAUCCAGAUCUGCAUGGAGAAUUAUGAGGGGAACAUCCAAAAGGGAUAGCCAAAUCAAUCUCAAGUCAUACAGGGAAACACUAAUUAUGGAUAAACACAAUCCUUUGGUAUGUGCAUACAUAUGGAAAAACCAUGUGCUACAAUCAUAAUCAGCACCCUUUAUUCACCUAAUGAAGAAUGUUGCAAUCCAUAUAUCCAUAUAUACUGUACAUUACCAACAUAAUAAAGGGUCAGAUUGGGCUCCUGAAGAUGUAACAAUCAUAAACAUCACAUGCUAUAGUAUAUGUAGACGUUAUUAUGUUUUAUAAGCAUUGGCAGCUGCUUCAUAGAUCUAUUUUGUUAUAUGCACAGCACAUGUAAACAGGGGAAGGAAGAUGAUUCUACCAACAGUAGGCUAUGCUCAGGAACAUCUGGUAGUUUUUUAGUGUUAUUUAUUUUUUGAUGUAUUUAAAACAAGUAAAGUAUAUCAAAACUUUUGAAUUUGUAGACAUAUUUUGUGAAGAAGAGUUUUUCACCCUAUUUUUGAAUCCAUUUCCUCUCACCAUCAUUGGAGGAUGUUCUACUGAAGCUUGUCAUUGCACAGUUACUGCUUUUAGUGUGUGUUGGUAUUUAAUGCAUUAUGUAUAGUGGUUAUUUUGUUGUAUGGUUUAUUUUGGUAGCUUUUCAUUUGGAGAGAGUUGCAAAAAUAAAUUAUUUAGACUUU